AUGCCUCGGAGUCCUGCCAGAGAAGCUGGAACACAUUGUCAGGGAGAGAAACAUCUGGAGUAUCUUACUGAACCUGCUGCUACCGCGACUCAAUGCCAGAUCAUCUAUGUGAUGCGUAAUCCAAAGGACAACAUCAUCUCUUAUUACCAUUUCAGCAGUGUCUGCUCUGACGUGGAAACUCCGAUGAGCUUUGAACAGUUUUUGGAGCAGUACUUGAUGGGCAAUGUUGUAGGGUCGUCCUGGUUUGACCACAUCAGAAAGUGGCAUUCAAAGAAAGACCAGUACAACAUCCUCUUCCUGACCUAUGAGGACAUGAUCUUGGACCUGAAGGCAGCAGUAACUAAGAUCUGCAGUUUCUUAGGAAAAAACCUCAGUGAAGCAGACGUUGAGCAAGUUGUAGAAAAAGCCACAUUUAAAACCAUGAAGAAAGACCAAAAAGCCAACUAUGAGUUUAUACCAAAAGAAGAGAUCAGUGGAAACUUCAUGCGCAAAGGUCAGAUUGGUGACUGGAAGAAC